AUGAAUAUACCAAUAACAAUUAGUAAAAUAGGAAGUUAUUGUUUUAGUUAUUGUUCAUCAUUAAAAUCAAUCAAUAUUCCACUAUCAGUUAAUGUAAUAGAAAAUUAUUGUUUUGAUGGAUGUUUAUCAUUAACAUCAGUUACUAUACCAUCAUCAAUACAUUCAUUAGGAGACAAUUGUUUUAGAGGAUGUUCAACAUUAAAGUCAAUUAAUAUUCCAAAGACAGUUAGUAAACUAGGAAAUGGGUGUUUUGAGAGAUGUACGUCAUUAAGUUUAAUUAAUAUACCAAGAGGAAUAAAAGAAAUAGGAGGUGGAUGUUUUUAUGAAUGUUUGUCAUUAACCAGUAUGAAUAUACCGACAACAAUUAGUAAAAUAGGAGGGACAUGUUUUAACGGAUGUAAAUUAUUGAAGAACAUCAAUAUAAAAAAUAUUCAAUUUAUUAGUGGAAAUAGAAUAUUUUUAAAUGAACCAAUUUUAUUGAGCAUUAGAACACCAGAAAAUAUAAAAGAGAUUAACAGAAAUGAAAUUAAACAAAGAGAUAUUAAUGAAUUUAUAAUACCAACAACAAUCACUAAAUUAACAGAUGAAUGUUUUAGUGGAUGUACUUCAUUACGCUCAUUUAACAUUCCUACAACAGUAAAUGAAUUGGGAAGUUAUUGUUUUUGUGGAUGUUCAUCAUUAAAAUCAAUUAUUAUUCCAUCAACAGUUAGUAUAAUAGGAGAUGAAUGUUUUAAAGGAUGUUCAUCAUUAACAUCAGUUACUAAAACACUAAAAGAAUCGAAUGAAGAAAAUACAAAAUGUGUUUUAGUGUAA